AUGUUCAAAACGCCGUCUCGGUUGUCACGAGCGAGCACGACUGUAGCGAAGAAGAAGCCAGAGAUCUGCAAGAAGCGCAUUCGCGUCCAGACCGCCAAGUAUGUCCGCGUGGUCAAGGAAACCCGGACCAUAGACUCCCUCAACACAUGGCUCAAGCUCAACAACCCGGCAUGCCUUGGCAUCUUCAUCGAAGAGAUCCAACAGCUGUAUGUGGGGCAGAACUACGACCUCUACUGGACGCAUAACAUGCUAUGCCCGUCCGUCUCAGAGUAUCUGAAAAUGGUCGAUCUGAAGGCGGGCGGUCUAUUUCGCAUUCUGACACGGUUGACGGUCGCCGAAAGUCCUAUCCGCGACGACUACCAGAACCUCGCGUCGGUGGACUACGCUAAGCAGAAAGGGUUUGCCGAAGACCUCAAUGAAGGAUAA